GGGUUAGCACCCACUUUGAUCCAUAACUGUCAGUUGCUAAAAGUGCCAUACUUCUUUACAGAUCAGUGUCGAAUUCAGUGUGUAUUGUGGUAAGACUUGUUUGGUACAUAAAGCUUCUAGCAAAGUGCCAAGCCACAAUCCGCGUUGGGUUGAGGAAAUGAUUUCAUUUGAUUUGUACAUGAAAGACUUGCCUUUGGCUGCUAUUCUAACUGUGCAUUUGGUGGAGACGAAAGUGAGGAAAGGAAAGCCGGAAGAUCGAGUUUUGGGUUGGGCGAAUAUCAGAUUGCUUGACUGGCGUGGAGAAUUGUUACAAGGCGUGCUUACACUGAAUUUGUGGGGCGGAGAGCCGCAAUAUCCUCCUCAUGGACGCAUAGGGAGUAAUGAACAUAAGCAAGGUUCAAAAUGUCGUCUAAUGAUCGAACUAGCACGGUACCGUUCUCGGGUGAAGAUACCGGAUAGCAGUAAAUUUGCCCCAUUCGUAAAAUUUAUUUAUUCUAUUGAAAAAUCAGCAAAAGUUCGCUCUGAUGAGUUUACCAUAAGAAGAAUAUUAGAUACGAUAAGGAAGCGUCUACUUGGUAAAAUAGUGUCCGAGGAAGAGGAGCUGUUUGUGUGGAGUCAGAGGCAUUACGUGUGUCAAAACAUACCCGAUGCUCUGCUCGUAAUAGCUGAAGCCGGAGAGACGUGGAAGAAACGCGAACACUUCACCGAACUUUACGUGAUGCUGGAAAACUGGGGUCGACUCACGGUCGGAACAGCCUUGUCUAUUCUAGGAAAAAAAUGUAUGGAUCCCAUUAUUCGACGAUUCGCGGUGGACCAGCUUGAUGCCUUGCUUGACACACAGACUUUCCCAUUAUUUAUUUUGCCCUUCAUACAGAACUGA